GUUUUAGAAAAAAACAAUUUUAAAAAAUAAAAAUGGCUACGCAAUAGUGGAGGAAUUUUAUGCUAGCUCCAAUCCAAAAUCAAUCUCCUUCGGAUUCCGGAAUGGGGUCCGAACUCCAAAACAUCCCGCCGGAGGCCAUCCGUCCGGUGCGGCCCAAAUCGGCGGACGACGCCACCACCGUCAAGGACGACCGCCCGUUCCUGAAGCCGGGGCGCGCGGAUUCCGCCGCGCCGGAAGCCCACACCCCGCCGCCUCCCUCCCCCAGCAUGGAGGAGCUCGAGAAGAAGUACGCGCCGUUUGUGAGGCACGACGUGUAUGGGAUUAUGGGACGGGGAGAGCUGCCUAGGAGGGAGAAGCUUUUACUUGCAAUCGGUCUGGUCGCGCUGUUGCCGCUCAGAGUUGUGCUCGCGACCGCCAUUCUGGUGGUUUAUUACUUGAUUUGUAGGGUUUGCACGGCUUUUUUGGCUCCUACCGAGGAGGGCGAGCAGGAGGAGGAUUACGCGCACUUGGGCGGUUGGCGAAGGAAGGUGAUUACGCAGAGUGGUAGGUUUUGCUCUAGAGCAAUGCUUUUCGCCUUUGGAUUUUACUGGAUUCGGAAAACUCAUCGGGAUAACGACAUCAACGGAAAAUUAAAUAAUGAGGGCCAAGUUUCGGAACCUGAAAGGCCAGGCGCCAUAGUGUCAAAUCAUGUUUCUCAUUUGGAUAUCUUGUACCACAUGUCUUCCUCAUUUCCCAGUUUUGUUGCCAAGAGAUCAGUGGCUAAGCUUCCUCUGGUUGGUCUUAUCAGCAAGUGCCUUGGUUGUGUAUAUGUCCAGCGGGAGUCUAGAUCUCCUGAGUUCAAAGGUGUCUCAGGUGUGGUAAAUGAAAGGAUCAAGGAAGCUCAUCAGGAUAAAUUAGCCCCAAAGAUGAUGCUUUUUCCAGAGGGCACAACAACAAAUGGGGAUUUUCUCCUUCCAUUCAAGACUGGUGCUUUUUUGUCAAAAGUUCCAGUGCUUCCUGUCAUUUUAAGAUAUCCAUACCAAAGAUUUAGCCCUGCCUGGGACUCUAUAUCUGGGGCACGGCAUGUGAUGUUGCUUCUCUGUCAAUUUAUAAACUAUAUGGAAGUUAUCUGGUUACCUGUUUACUGUCCCUCACAACAAGAAAAGGAUGAUCCAAAGCUUUAUGCAGAGAAUGUCCGAAGAUUAAUGGCUCGUGAGGGUAAUAUGAUAAUGUCAGAUAUUGGCUUGGCUGAGAAGCGAGUAUAUCAUGCUGCUCUCAAUGGUCUCUUUAUUCAACAGUAAUUCAAGUUCACCAUCUGUAUAUUCAUGUAUGAUGUUAUUGACUAGGAAAAGUAAAAGUAAAUUGCUGGAACCUUGCGCGGUUGAGGGAUUCUUAUUGUUCAUAUUACUACUUACUUUGUAUCUCUGGAUAUUGCCAUUUCAUUGCAGCUUCUUCAGUUUCAAACUCAGAAGCUGUCCAUUUUUUCUAAAAAAUAAAAAACUGCCUUGAGUGGCUUUUACUGAUACACAAAGGCUGGUUAACAUUUAACAGUCAAAAUGCUUCUUGCUGAAAUUCAAUGUAAAGUUGUUGGUUUA